AGGCAAAUCAGCCGCCAGGCAACUUCAACCUCGCUUCAUUCAACAAGCACUUGCCAUCUUCAUCCAACAUCCAUCAACGAAACCACAUCCAGGGCGCCAUCCAUAUUCACGGCGCGUACUAAUCCGUAACAUCUCGUCUUUCUUCUCACGUUGACUGAUCCACGCCACCUCUCAACUGCCGUGCGUAUUUCGCGUCUCAACUCGCAUCGAAACCGCCACACUUUGCCAAUCAAACAAUCACAGUCAGCAGCUUGAAAGGUUCCAAGUAUACAGGCCGACGGUGGGAAAGCAAGCUUCUACCCGUGGAGCGAACGAACCAAAAGAAUACCCAAGUCAUGGCUUCCAAGCGGAAGGCCUCGGCAAUGGCGACGGAGCCGGAGGAGCCGGUCGACCCAGCGGAUGAGCUCAUGUUCCUCAACCUCGGCGGAGGCAACGAAGUCGGCCGAUCAUGUCACAUCAUCCAGUACAAGGGCAAAACCGUUAUGCUUGAUGCUGGUCAACACCCAGCAUAUGAUGGCCUAGCAGCCCUUCCUUUCUUUGAUGACUUCGAUCUCAGCACAGUAGAUGUCCUCUUGAUCAGCCAUUUUCAUAUCGACCAUGCCGCCUCGUUACCAUAUGUCUUGGCCAAGACCAACUUCCGAGGCCGUGUCUUCAUGACACAUGCCACCAAGGCUAUCUACAAAUGGCUUAUCCAGGACAGUGUCCGUGUUGGCAACACAUCGUCGAACCCGCAAUCGUCGCUCGUCUACACUGAGGAGGACCAUCUCAAGACCUUUCCCAUGAUCGAGGCCAUCGACUACAACACUACCCACACCAUCUCCUCCAUCCGCAUCACACCGUACCCAGCCGGCCACGUCCUCGGCGCCGCCAUGUUCCUGAUUGAGAUCGCCGGCCUCAAGAUCUUCUUCACUGGCGACUAUUCCCGUGAAGAGGACAGACAUCUUAUCUCUGCCAAAGUCCCCAAGGGCGUCAAGAUCGACGUCCUCAUUACCGAGUCCACCUACGGUAUCGCCUCGCACAUCCCCCGACCAGAACGUGAACAGGCGCUCAUGAAGUCCAUCACCGGCAUCCUUAACAGAGGCGGCCGCGUCCUCAUGCCCGUCUUCGCUCUUGGUCGAGCCCAGGAGCUCCUCCUCAUCCUCGACGAGUACUGGGGCAAGCACGCCGAAUACCAGAAAUACCCCAUCUACUACGCCUCCAACCUCGCGCGCAAGUGUAUGCUUGUCUACCAGACCUAUGUCGGCUCCAUGAACGACAACAUCAAGCGGCUGUUUCGCGAGCGUCUGGCCGAGUCCGAGUCCUCUGGCGACGGUGCCGGCAAGGGAGGACCGUGGGACUUUAGGUUCAUCCGUUCCCUCAAGAGCCUCGACCGCUUCGAGGACGUCGGUGGCUGCGUCAUGCUUGCCUCCCCUGGUAUGCUCCAAAACGGCGUCAGUCGCGAGCUGCUGGAGCGAUGGGCGCCGAGCGAGAAGAACGGCGUUAUCAUCACCGGUUACUCCGUCGAGGGCACCAUGGCCAAGCAGCUCCUUCAAGAGCCGGAGCAGAUUCAAGCCGUCAUGUCUCGCAACAUUGCCGGUGCCCGCCGCGGCCCCGGUGGUGACGCCGAGAAGGUCAUGAUCCCCCGCCGCUGUACCGUCCAGGAGUUCUCCUUUGCCGCGCACGUCGACGGCGUCGAGAACAGGGAGUUCAUUGAGGAAGUCGCCGCCCCCGUCGUCAUCCUCGUCCACGGCGAGGUGCACAACAUGAUGCGCCUCAAGUCCAAGCUUCUUUCGCUCAACGCGACCAAGGAACAUAAAGUCAAGGUGUUCAGCCCCAGAAACUGCGAGGAGCUUCGCAUCCCUUUCAAGACGGACAAAGUCGCCAAGGUGGUGGGCAAGCUGGCGUCCAUCCCCCCUUCUUUAAAGGAAGCCAAGACCGCGCAUGACGGACCUCUUCCCUCCUCCACCGAACCUCAACUUAUCACUGGUGUUUUGGUGCAAAACGACUUCAAGAUGUCUCUGAUGGCUCCCGAGGAUCUCAGAGAGUAUGCCGGUUUGACGACCACCACUAUUGCGUGCAAGCAGCGUUUGAAGCUGAGUGCCGCUGGUAUUGACCUCAUCAAGUGGGGUCUCGAAGGAACCUUUGGUGCUGUCGAAGAACUCCCCGAAGUGAAGCCAAAGCUGGAAAUCGUUAAGAGCGAGAACGGCGAUACCAAGAUGGAAGAAGCUGAUGAGGAGUUGCCCCACGGUGACGACGUGGUAGCCGCUUACCUGGUCAUGGGCUGCGUCACCGUCCGCUACCGCGCCAGCGGCGAGGUAGAACUGGAGUGGGAAGGCAACAUGCUCAACGACGGCAUUGCUGAUGCCGUAAUGGCCGUGUUGCUUGGUAUUGAGAGUAGUCCCGCCGCAGUGAAGCGCUCGGCCACCAAAAACCCCCACUCCCACUCCCCUCUCCCCGCGGAGCAAAACCCUCACUCACACCUCACCCCCGAAGACCGUUUCUUCCGCCUAUGCAUGUUCCUCGAAGCCCAAUUCGGCCAAGACAACGUCUCCCCCAUCGUCGAGCCCAAGCUUCCUCCCUUGUCACCCACCACGAAGGCUAUUACCUCCCCCUCGGAGGAGACCGCCAAAUCCUCCGACGCCAAGUCUGACGCAGACGCCGACGCCUCCAUGGACGUCUCCGAAGAAGACGAAGAAGAACAACAACUCAAGGCACGGGAACGCGCGGAGGUGGAAAGACUAGAAAGAAUGGGUAUUCCUAAACCCGGGGUGCGCAUCAAGGUGGAUAAGAUGGAGGCCAAAGUCUGGUUGGAGGAUUUGGAGGUGGAGUGUGCGAACAAGAUCUUUAGAGAGCGGGUGAGAGCGGUAGUGGAGCGGGCGGUGGAGGUUGUGGCGCCGCUUUGGGGGUGAGAUUGGUUUGAGAAGUUUGGGUUUGGG